GCUCCUUUAAUGGAAGGCGAGUCGGGGAAAAACUACUUUUCCCGAAAAGACCCGGAAGGUGAGGAAAGGCGGAGGAGAAAAAAAAACAGCACUGGGGCAGGUUGUUGCUAUUGCAAUUUGGAAACAACCGAAAAGUCUACAGCAGGUUGAAAAGAGUGCGGGAAAGGAGCAAACGGAGCUGACCUGUCCGUAGCUUUACUUAAGGGAAGGAGACGGAAUUUCAAUUACUUCGGGGAGGCGAGAUUCUGGAGGCGCGGCGGCUUCGGGGGAAAGGCUGGGCUUUGCUUUUUUACAGAGGCAGAGGAGGCGGGAGAGUGGCGUUUCUCGCUCUCCCCUCGGUGUCAGCCUUGGGAGCAAGAGGAGCGGGCAUUUUGCACUACUCUCGUCUUCAGGACUCGGGGCGUGUCAGACUUUUGUCUUUCCCCCAUCGCAGGGAAGCCCUUGCCCCUUGGCAUUGCGAGAGGCCGAGUGGCCUUCCUCCGAUCAUCCCUUCCUGACAAAAGGAGACGGAGGCGGUGUCUGGAAGAAGGUGGAGUGGGGAGCGGGGGGGGGGGAGCUGCAGUAGCAGGAACGCCGCCCAGUUGAGUUACUUUACUUCGGGGAAGGCUUAGUCCGCCGGCUUAAGCAGGCGGGCAAUGAACGGCUUUGGCCCCGAGGAAGUGACCCGCGGCGGGGGAGAAGCCGCCGCCGUCCCGGCCGUUGUAGCUAACGCCACCGCCGCGGUGGAAGUCCUGCCGACCCCGCCACCCCUUCCGCAGCCGACGGCCGGGCUGGGAGCGACUUCGUCGGCUGCUGCCGCGACAGCCGCGGGCUCAGCCGGUCCCCUUGGGACUGCAGGACCUGGUGCUGGGCAGUUAUGCUGCUUACGGGAGGAGGGCGAGCGGUGUAACCGAGCUGCGGGCAACGCUAGCUUCAGCAAGCGGAUCCAGAAGAGCAUCUCGCAGAAGAAGGUGAAGAUCGAGCUGGACAAAAGUGCAAGACAUCUUUAUAUUUGUGAUUUCCACAAAAACUUAAUUCAGAGUGUCAGAAACAGAAGAAAGAGAAAAGGCAGUGAUGAUGAUGGUGAUUCACCAGUGCAAGACAUCGAUACUCCAGAGGUUGAUCUGUUUCAGCUACAAGUAAAUACACUAAGAAGAUACAAAAGGCACUUCAAAUUACAGACCAGACCUGGACUUAAUAAAGCACAACUUGUUGAAAUAAUUGGAUGUCAUUUUCGGACUAUUCCAGUGAAUGAAAAAGAUACCUUAACCUAUUUCAUCUAUUCAGUGAAGAAUGACAAGAACAAAUCUGACCUAAAAAUGGAUAGCAGUGUUCACUAAAUAAACAACUUAAGACUUACAGACCUAAAGACUGGUUUGGAUGUGCUGAGCUUUUUUUGUAUUAGUAUUCAGAGUAUCCUGAUGUUAUUUUUCUUGGGAAAAUACUAUUCUCAUAAAUUAGGUUUCCAUGAUGAAAGUAUUUUAAAUAAAUACUGUUGAUGUCCUUAUGCCUAUAUCUGAAUAAUAUAUGACAUUUGUGUAAGCUUUAAUAUUAAAGCUCCAUUUCAUUUAUUAAAAUCAGAAUUAUAUCCAAAGAAUAUUUUAAGGCCUUUAUGCAUCAGAGCUCUUAUAUUUUCUCAGGAAUAUUUUUUAAAAUCCUUAAUAUCUUCCUAAGCAGAAUUUAAAGAUUAUGUAAGACCACUGUCAACUAUAAAACGUGUAUACAAAAUGUCUUUUUCCUGACAGCCAUACACUUUAUCCUUCUUGAGAUUUGUCGUUUGACUAAAUUAAUACCUCUUUGUGUAAGUCUGGGAAACGGUGGUUUGCAAACUGUUUUAUGUUAAGUAGUUUUGUAUGAUGUCAAUUCAUUGAUCAUUGUAGCUGCAUUGCAGCUGCAGAGGAUUAUCACCUUGGAAAGGAAGAACUUUGAACCACACACUAGCACUACUUUUGUUUUUCAAAACACACUUCAUCCAUUUGAAUGUUGCUCAUGCUUUUUAAAUGCAUACAGAUUUUAUAAUGAAAGUGGUUGAGCAAGGAUAAGUAUAUUUAGCUAUAACAUGCCUUGAUGUCUUUGCAUGAUUUUGAAUAUUUGAUUUGAGAUCUGAGUGACCUCAUAUUCUUGUUUGCGCCAUUUGUCCUUUAUGUUGCAUGGUAAAAGUAAUGAGAAAGACAGUGCUUGUUUUUCAUCUUACAUUUCUUUUAUUGUCGGUAUAGUCUGUAUGCAUUUAAAACAAAUGUAGGCUUGUUUGAAAACUCCAAGCAUGAUUUUCCCUCUGUGCCAUACCUACUCUAAAUCAUGAUUUAGAUG